CUGAUGCAGCUUGUAGCUCUUGUCCAGCGUUUCUUGGGAGGGGAGCGCUGGGGAGGCUCUAGCUGCUGGGGAAAAUUACUUUUAAAUAUCACGGCUGUAAAUUAAAGAGUGCAGAAACUGAAGGGAGUACAUUCCUAUGGCAAUUGGACAGUGCCCGGUCUCAUUUCUGUGAGGUCAUUGGUUAUACUUUAUUGCUGACGUCCAGCAAGUAUUUUUGUACACGGAGGUCAAUCAGUGACAUACAGCAAAAAUGGAAGACGAAGAGGGAGAUUUUGAGGGAUAUGAAGAGUAUGAAGUGGAGGAGACUAUAACGGAAUCAGAACCACAAACAUUCAUUCGAGAAGUGACAACAAUUUCAGAACCACGAACAGUUAUUCAUGAGGUUUCAAAACCACGCAUGGUCAUUCAGGAGAUUACGCAGCCACACACUGUCGUUCAAGAGGUUCAUAAGUCUGCUUCAGGGCUCCCUGUCAGAGAAGUGAGAAAGACGGAGAAGGUCGACAAGUCAAAGUUUCUGACUCCUUACCUUGAACACAGUCAUAAGAUGCAGGAUCUGUUCAGUUCGAACAAGUACAAGGAAGAAUUUGAAAAGGAAAGAGGAAAACCAUAUGCUGUUAUUUCAGACACACCAGAGCUGAAGAGAAUUCGGAAGGCUCAGCAACAGCUCAGUGAGGUCAAGUACCGUUCGGAAGGUGACAAGGUGAAGACUAUGUGCCACAUUGAUGAGAAGGCCCGGGAUAUUGCCCAUGCCAAAAAUAUUUCACAGUUAGUUAGCAAGGUGUUAUACAAACAGAAAUGGGAAGAUACCAAGGAUAUCUACCAACUGCCACCAGAUGCCCCUGAGCUUGUGCGAGCGGUGAAAUUUGCCGAAAACUUCAGCCCGAAAUUAUAUAAAGAAGCCUGGGAGGAGGAAAAGCCUUUCUACUUUCCUUACACUGAUAGUCCAGAGUUGAGACGAGUUGCCAAAGCUCAGAAAGCUCUGAGUGAUAUCGAAUAUAAGAAAGGACACAAUGAACAACUGUCAAAAUACACUUCGCUGGCAGACCCGCCAGAAGUAAAUCUAGCAAAAAAGGUUGUCAAUCAGCUCAGCGAUCUUAAGUACCAUGAAGACUACAACAAGAAUAAGGGCAAGUGGAGCCAGACACCUUGCUAUGAUGUCGCAGUUGCCCGAAUGAAUUCUGACAAUUUGAGCUCUAAAAAAUACAAUGAAGGCUAUGAGCAAAUGAAAGACCAAAUUAACUUCAUGCAGACUGAAACCCCCGAAUAUACAGCUAAUAAACGUACUAAGAAUGCUACAAAUGCGGUAAAAUACAGAGAGGAUUAUGAGAAGACCAAAAGCAAAACUGAUUACAACACCCUACCGGCUACAGAAAAUCCUCUGCUUCAACAGUUGAAACAUGCCGGCCACAUAGCAAGUGAUAAAAAGUACAAGGCAGAUUAUGAAAAGUCUCCCAACAAAAGCAUUAACUACUGCGACACCCCAAAGUUCAAAACUGACAAAGUGCUCGCAGAUCUCAGUGAUGUCAAAUAUAAGCAGAAUUAUGAAGAUAGCAUCAAAGGCCAUUAUAUUGGCAGCCAUGAGGAUCCAUACAUGAUUCACUGUUUGAAGGUCGGAGAAAUGAAAAGUGAUAAAAAUUAUAAGGCAGCCUAUGAACUGGAUAAAGGAAGCUGUUAUUUUCCGCAAACUGCUACUCCAGAGUAUGAAGCUAUGAAGAACUCUUACAAGUGUAAAGAUCAAGUCUAUAAAUUACAUCCUGAUAAAAUCAAGUUCACUCAAAUAGCUGAUUCUCCAGUGAUGUUGCAAGCUCAGAUCAAUGCCAAACAACUGAGUGAUCUAAACUACAAAGCAAAGUAUGAGAAGGAAAAGUUCAAAUGUAACGUUCCCCAUGAUGACCCCUUUUUCAUCCAGUCAAGGGUGAACGCAUACAAUCUGAGUGAUAAUUGUUACAACUAUGACUGGAACAGAGAUAAGGCCAAACAUUGCAACAUCAAAAUAGAUUCAAUCCCUGUGAUUGCAGCAAAAGCACAUAGAGAUAUUGCAAGUGACAUCAAAUAUAAACUAAACUAUGAAAAGGCUCGCGGGAAACACGUUGGAGCUCGUUGCAUAGAGGACGACCCUAAGAUCUUACACUCUGUGCAUGUGGCUAAGAUGCAGAGUGAGCGCGAGUACAAAAAGGACUAUGAAAAGACCAAGACGAAAUAUCAUUGUCCACUUGAUAUGAUCAAUGUCUCCCAGGCUAAGAAGGCUCAGGAAAUUGCUAGCAACUCAAACUAUAAGCAACUAAUAAAUCGUUACUUUCUGCCUCCAGACAGUUUGCCUCUGAACUUGGCUAAGAAAGCCAACAGUUUGCAGAGUGAUAAUGAGUAUAAAGCAGAUUAUAACAACUGGCAAAAAGGCAUUGGCUGGAUGCCUUACGGCUCCAUAGAUGUUGAAACGGCAAAGAAAGCUAUGGAUAUCCUUAAUGAGAAAAAGUACCGUCAGCCUCCGAGCACCAUUAAAUUCACUUCAAUAGAUGAUGCCCCAGAAACAGUCUUGGCAAAGGCUAACCAAGAACACAGGAGUGAUAUAAACUACAAAGCUAAAGGGGAGAAGAUCAUCCACAAGUACACUUAUCCUCCAGAUCUGCCAGAAUUUAUUCAGGCCAGAGUCAAUGCUAUUAAUGCCAGUGAUAACUGCUACAAACAAGCCUGGAAAAAGGAUUUAGCAAAGGGUUGUAAUAUUACUUUCGAUGCUAUUCCAAUUAUCGCUGCUAAAUCUGCGCGGCAUAAUGCCAGUGAUGUGAAAUACAAGAAAGCCUAUGAACAAGCGAAGGGCAAACAUGUUGGUUUCCAGAGCCUCCAAGAUGAUCCUAAGCUGGUCCAUUCCAUGCGUAUAGCCAAGCUUCAGUCUGACCGUGAAUACAAAAAAGACUAUGAGAAAAGCAAGACCAAAUAUCACACACCGCUGGAUAUGUUCAACAUUACUGCUGCCAGGAAUUCUCAGGAAGCGGUCAGCAACACCAACUACAGGCAUCCAAUCCACCACUACACGUAUUUGCCAGAUGCAAUGAGCUUGGAGCUGUCCAAGAACAUGAUGAACAUACAGAGUGACAAUCUGUACAAAUCUGAUUACAACAACUGGUUCAAAGGCAUUGGCUGGAGUCCACUUGGUUCGAUAGAUUUGGAGACAGUGAAGAAAGCUGGACAGGCACUUGAUGAGCACAGUUAUAGACAGCCACCAGGCAAACUCAAGUUUACCAGCGUGCCUGACUCAGUUGAAAUGGUGCUGGCUAAAGCCAAUGCACUACACCUUAAUGACAAACUAUACAGAUCUGGAGGGGAGAAGAUCAAGCACAAGUACACCUUGCCAUUCGAUGUUCCACAAUUUAUUCAAGCUAGAUGGAAUGCCUUCAACUUCAGUGAUAAUUGCUAUAAAGAUGACUGGAAGAAAUCACUCGCUAAAGGAUAUCACCUUAAGGCUGAUGCCAUCCCUAUCAUUGCAGCCAAAGCAUCAAGACGUAUUGCUAGUGAUUACAAAUACAAAGAGGCCCACGAGAAGGAGAAGGGGAAACUCGUUGGUUUCCGCAGCCUGCAAGAUGACCCUAAGCUGGUCCAUUCCAUGCACCUAGCCAAGAUUCAGUCUGACCGUGAAUACAAGAAAGACUAUGAGAAGAGCAAGACCAAAUAUCACUCACCGUUAGACAUGUUCCAUAUUAGCGCUGCCAAGAAGGCUCAGGAAGUGGCCAGCAACAGUAACUAUCGGCAAAUGAUCCACAGCUACACCUAUCUUCCAGAUGCCAUGAAUGUGGAGCUGUCCAAGAACAUGAUGAACAUACAGAGUGAUAACCUGUAUAAACAGGACUACAAUUGCUGGCAAAAGGGCAUGGGCUGGAUCCCUAUUGGCUCUCUAGAGGUGGAGCUGGCCAAGAAAGCAGGAGAAGUCCUGAGUGAACAUAAAUACCGUCAGCAUCCAGACACGCUCAAGUUUACCAGCAUCCCUGACUCCAUUAAUAUGGUCCUUGCCACAAGUAACACAAAGCAGCUCAGUGAUCUGAGCUACAAAAAGUCCGGUGAAGAGGUGAAACACAAGUAUACCAUUGCCCCUGAUUAUCCGCCAUUUCUACAGGCUAAGAUCAAUGCUCAAAAUUUAAGUGAGCAACAAUAUAAGCAAGCCUGGCACAAGACAAUCGCUAAAGGCCAUGAUAUCCGGGCAGAUGCCAUUCCAAUUGUCGCAGCCAAAGCUUCAAGAAACAUCGCAAGUAAUUAUAGAUAUAAAGAGGCCUAUGAGAAGGAACGGGGUAAGCAUGUUGGCUUCCGCAGCCUGCGAGAUGACCCUAAGCUGGUCCACUCCAUGCACGUAGCCAAGAUUCAGUCUGACCGUGAAUACAAGAAAGACUAUGAGAAGAGCAAGACCAAGUAUCACACACCACUGGACAUGAUUAACAUUACUGCUGCCAAAAAGUCCCAGGAAGCAGCCAGCAACAUCAACUACAGGAAUCUGAUCCAUCACUACACGUACCUGCCAGAUGCCAUGAAUGUGGCUCUGUCCAGGAACAUGAUGGACAUACAGAGCGAUAACAAUUACAAAUUGGAUUAUAACACCUGGUUUAAAGGUCUCGGCUGGGCUCCUAUUGGCUCUAUAGAUGUGGAGAUGGCAAGGAAAGCAACUGACAUAGCGAGUGAGAAGAAAUAUCGUCAACCUCCUGACACAUUUACAUUCACAAGCAUCCCUGAUUCUCUGGAUAUCGUUUUGGCCAAGAGUAAUGCACAGAUAAUGAAUAAGAAAUUAUACACUGAAGCAUGGGAUAAAGACAAGAACAAGACCCAUGUUAUGCCAGACGCACCAGAAAUUGUGUUGUCCAAAAUCAACCAAUUGAAUAUGAGUGAUAAAUUAUAUAGAUCCGGCUGGGAGAAUUCAAAAAAGAAAGGCUAUCACCUGAUGCCAGAUGCCAUUUCAAUAAAGGCAGCAAAGGCCUCAAGGGACAUAGCCAGUGAUUACAAAUACAAACAGGCCUAUGAGAAAGAAAAGGGAAAGCACAUUGGUUUCCGCAGUCUGCAGGAUGACCCCAAGCUUGUCCACUUCAUGAAUGUUGCUAAACUUCAGUCAAAUCGCGAGUACAAGAAAAACUAUGAGAAGCUCAAGACAAGGUACAACACGCCAAUGGACAUGAUCAGUAUUACAGCUGCUAAACAAUCUCAGGAUGUGGCCAGCAACAUUAACUACAAGAAUCUCAUCCAUCGCUACAUAACCCCUCCUGAUGCGAUGAGCUUGGAACUGGCCAAGAACAUGAUGAACAUACAGAGUGAUAAUCUCUACAAGUCAGAGUUCACUGGUAUUAUGAGAGGCAUGGGCUGGGUCCCCAUUGGCUCAGUGGAGGAAGAAAAGAAUAGGCGAGCUUCAAAUAUCCUAUGUGAAAAAAGAUACCGUCAACACCCGGAGACUUUGAAAUAUACCAUUGACAUGGAAUCCAUGCCAAUGGAGUUGGCAAAGGUCAAUGCCAAAAUCAUGAAUACGCAACUCUACAAGGAAGCCUGGGAAAAGGACAAGAUUCAGGUCCAUAUGAUGCCAGACUCACCAGAAUUUUCUCUAGCUAAAGUGAACCAGUACAACAUGAGCCAGAAAAUGUACAGGCAAAGCAUGGAAGAGGCAAAGAAGAAGGGAUAUGAUCUCCGUGCUGAUGCCAUUCCAAUCAAAGCUGCCAAAGCUUCGACUAACAUUGCCAGUGACUACAAAUAUAAGCAUGCUUACGAAAAGGAAAGAGGGAAGCAGGUUGGUUUCCGCAACUUGCAGGAUGACCCUAAGCUGGUCCAUUCCAUGCGUGUGGCCAAGCUGCAGUCUGACCGUGAAUAUAAAAAGGAUUAUGAAAAGAGCAAGACCAGGUAUCACAUGCCAUUGGACAUGCUCAGUAUUGUGGCUGCUAAGCAUUCCCAGGGGGUAGCCACCAAUAUCAACUACAAGCAACAAUUUCGCCGCUUCACCUAUCUGCCUGAUGCCAUGAGCCUGGCACUUUCCAAAAAGAUGAUGGAGUUACAGAGUGAGAACAAUUAUAAGGCAGACCUUCAGUGGCUGAAGGGGCUUGGUUGGAGUCCCAUUGGGUCGUUGGAUGUCGAGACAGCUAAGAAAGCAACAGAGAUUGCGAGUGAGAACAAGUACCGCCAGCAUCCAGGUGCCUUCAAGUUCACAAGCUUGUCCGACUCUAUGGACAUGAUCCUAGCUAAGGCUAAUACACAAAUAAUGAAAAAGCACCUGUACACAGAAGCCUGGGAGAAAGACAAAAAUAAGGUCCAUUUGACGCUAGAUUUUCCGGAUAUCGUACAAGCCAAGGCCAACUCUCAUAUGUUCAGCACUAGCAAGUAUAAACUAGACUGGGAAAAAUCCAAGAAGAAAGGUUAUGACCUCAGAUCCGAUGCUAUACCAAUAAAGGCUGCCAAAGCUUCCACAAAUAUCGCAAGUGAUUACAAAUAUAAAACAGCCUAUCGCAAGCAGCUUGGACAUCAAGUUGGCUUCCGCAACAUUAAAGAUGAUCCCAAGCUCGUUUGGUCCAUGCAUGUAGCCAAGAUUCAGAGCGACAGAGAGUACAAGAAGGACUUUGAGAAAACUAAGACCAAGUUCAACAUGCCAGUCGACAUGCUGGACAUUCUGUUGGCCAAGAAAUGCCAGACCCUGGUCAGUGACAUUGACUACAGACAUUACCUACACAAGUGGACCUGUCUCCCAGACCAGAACGAUGUGAUACAUGCUCAAAAGGCCUAUGAGCUGCAGAGUGAUAAUCUGUACAAAGCAGACCUUCAGUGGCUAAAAGGUAUUGGAUGGUCUCCUUUGGCAUCACUAGAUCUGAUCAAAGUCAAAAAAGCUGGAGAGAUCCUCAGCGAGAGCAAUUACCGUCAGCACCCAGCAAAAUUUAAGUUCACCAGCUUGUCUGACUCAAUGGAUAUGACCCUUGCAAAGCAUAAUAAACACACAUUGAACAAGAAACUUUACACAGAAGCCUGGGAGAAGGACAAGAUAAAGAUUCAUGUCAUGCCUGACAGUCCUGAGUUCCACCUGGCCAAAACAAACAUGGUGAACCUUAGCGAGAAAAUGUACAAACUGGGAUAUGAAAAAUUAAAGAAGGAAGGAUAUGAUCUAAGGAAUGAUGCAAUUUCCAUCAAGGCUGCAAAGGCCUCCAGAGACAUUGCUAGUGAUUACAAAUACAAAACAGCCUACCGCAAGCAACUUGGCCACCAUAUUGGAUGCCGCAACAUUCAGGAUGAUCCCAAGAUGGUUUGGUCCAUGCACGUAGCCAAGAUUCAGAGUGACAGGGAGUACAAGAAGGACUUUGAGAAAACAAAGACCAACUUCAACAUGCCAGUCGACAUGCUGGACAUCCUGUUGGCCAAGAAAUGCCAGACCCUGGUCAGCGACAUUGACUACAGACGUUACUUGCACCAAUGGACCUGUCUCCCAGACCAGCACGAUGUGAUCCAGGCAAAGAAAGCCUAUGAACUGCAGAGUGAUAAUCUAUACAAAGCAGACCUUGGGUGGCUGAAGGGUAUCGGAUGGUCUCCUCUGGGAUCACUAGAAGUGGCCAACGUCAAAAAAGCUGGAGAGAUCCUGAGUGAGAGCAAGUACCGUCAGCAUCCAUCCAAGUUUAAGUUCGGCAGCUUGUCUGACUCCAUGGAUAUGACCCUAGCAAAGCAUAAUGCACAAAUUAUGAAUAAGCAUGCAUACAUCGAAGCCUGGGAAGCAGACAAGACUAAAAUUCACAUCAUGCCAGACUCACCAGAGAUAAUAUUAGCAAAACAUAAUCAGAUUGCCUGCAGUGAUAAACUGUACAGACUUGGUUUGGAGGAGUCGAAGAAGAAGGGCCAUAACUUGCGUGGUGACGCCAUCUCAAUUAAGGCAGCAAAAGCAUCCCGAGAUAUUGCCAGUGAUUACAAAUACAAAACAGCCUACCGCAAGCAGCUUGGCCACCAUGUUGGAUGCCGCAACAUUCAGGAUGACCCCAAACUGGUUUGGUCUAUGCACGUAGCCAAGAUUCAGAGUGAAAGGGAGUACAAGAAGGACUUUGAGAAAACGAAGACCAAGUUUAACAUGCCAGUCGACAUGCUGGAAUUUCUGCUGGCCAAGAAAUGUCAGACCCUGGUCAGCGACAUUGACUAUAGACGUCGCUUGCACAAGUGGACCUGUCUGCCAGACCAACAUGAUGUGAUCCAGGCAAAGAAGGCCUAUGAUUUGCAGAGUGACAUCCAAUACAAGGCUGAUCUUCAAUGGCUGAGAGGCGUUGGCUGGGCCCCUAUCGGAUCUCUUGAUGUUCUAAAGGCCAAAAAAGCCAGCGAAAUCCUAAGUGAGAAAAAUUACCGUCAGCCCCCGAGCACUUUCAAGUUCACCAGUUCAGUUGACUCCAUACCUUUAGCCCUGGCAAAGCAUAAUUUAAACACUCUUAACCAGCGUUUAUACACUGAAGCGUGGGAGAAGGACAAGCUUAACGUUCACAUCAAGACAGACACACCAGAGUUUCUGUUGGCAAGCCAGAACAAAAUAAAUUAUAGUGAUAAACAAUAUCGACUUGCAUUAGAAGAAUCAAAGAAGAAAGGAUACGACCUGCCCCCUGAUGCUAUCUCCAUUAAGGCUGCUAAGGCAACAAGAGAUAUUGCCAGUGAUUACAAAUACAAAACCGCCUACCGCAAGCAGCUUGGCCACCAUGUUGGGUGCCGCAACAUUCAGGAUGACCCGAAAAUGGUUUGGUCCAUGCACGUAGCCAAGAUUCAGAGUGACAGGGAGUACAAGAAGGACUUUGAGAAAACGAAGACCAGGUUCAAUAUGCCAGUCGACAUGCUGGAAUUUCUGUUGGCCAAAAAAUGCCAGAUGCUGGUCAGUGACAUUGACUACAGACAUUACUUACACAAGUGGACCUGUCUGCCAGACCAGAAUGAUGUGAUCCAGGCAAGGAAGGCCUAUGAACUGCAGAGUGAUAAUCUAUACAAAGCAGACCUUGGGUGGCUGAAGGGUAUCGGAUGGUCUCCUCUGGGAUCACUAGAAGUGGCCAACGUCAAAAAAGCUGGAGAGAUCCUGAGUGAGAGCAAUUACCGUCAGCACCCAUCCAAGUUUAAGUUCGGCAGCUUGUCUGACUCCAUGGAUAUGACCCUAGCAAAGCAUAAUGCACAGAUUAUGAAUAAGCGUGCAUACAUCGAAGCCUGGGAAGCAGACAAGACUAAAAUUCACAUCAUGCCAGAUAUUCCGGAGAUAGUAUUAGCAAAACAGAACCAGAUCAGCUGCAGUGACAAACUGUACAAACUUGGUAUGGAGCAUGAUAAGAAGAAGGGCUACAACUUGCGACCUGAUGCCAUCUCAAUCAAGGCCGCAAAAGCAUCCCGGGAUAUUGCCAGUGAUUACAAAUACAAAACAGCCUACCGCAAGCAGCUUGGCCACCAUGUUGGAUGCCGCAACAUUCAGGAUGACCCCAAGAUGGUUUGGUCCAUGCAUGUAGCCAAGAUUCAGAGCGACAGAGAGUACAAGAAAGACUUUGAGAAAUCAAAGACCAAGUUCAACAUGCCAGUCGACGUGCUGGAUGUCCUGUUGGCCAAGAAAUGCCAGACCCUGGUCAGCGACAUUAACUACAGACAUUACUUGCAUAAGUGGACCUGUCUGCCAGACCAGAACGAUGUGAUUCAGGCAAAGAAAGCCUACGAACUGCAGAGCGAUAAUCUAUACAAAGCAGACCUUGGGUGGUUGAAGGGUAUUGGAUGGUCUCCUUUGGAUUCAAUAGAGGUGGCCACCGUCAAAAAAGCUGGAGAGAUCCUGAGUGAGAGCAAUUACCGUCAGCACCCAUCCAAGUUUAAGUUCGGCAGCUUGUCUGACUCCAUGGAUAUGACCCUAGCAAAGCAUAAUGCACAGAUUAUGAAUAAGCAUGCAUACAUCGAAGCCUGGGAAGCAGACAAGACUAAAAUUCACAUCAUGCCAGAUAUUCCGGAGAUAGUAUUAGCAAAACAGAACCAGAUCAGCUGCAGUGACAAACUGUACAAACUUGGUAUGGAGCAUGAUAAGAAGAAGGGCUACAAACUACAUCCUGACGCCAUCUCAAUCAAGGCUGCAAAAGCAUCCCGAGAUAUUGCCAGUGAUUACAAAUACAAAACAGCCUACCGCAAGCAGCUUGGCCACCAUGUUGGAUGCCGCAACAUUCAGGAUGACCCCAAGAUGGUUUGGUCUAUGCACGUAGCCAAGAUUCAGAGCGACAGGGAAUACAAGAAGGACUUUGAGAAAUCAAAGACCAAGUUCAACAUGCCAGUCGACGUGCUGGACGUCCUGUUGGCCAAGAAAUGCCAGACCCUGGUCAGUGACAUUAACUACAGACAUUACCUACACAAGUGGACCUGUCUGCCAGACCAGAACGAUGUGAUCCAGGCAAAGAAGGCCUAUGAACUGCAGAGCGAUCUGUUGUACAAAUCAGACCUGGAAUGGCUUCGUGGUAUUGGAUGGUCUCCUUCUGAUUCGCUGGACGUUCAGAAAGCUAAGAAAGCUGGAGAGAUCCUGAGCGAAAACAGUUAUCGUCAACCCCCUAGCAAGUUUAAGUUUACAAGCAUUCUUGAUUCCCUUGACCUGGUUUUAGCCAAGAACAAUGCUCUACAUCUCAAUAAACAAUUGUACACAGAAGCUUGGAAUAAGGAUAAGCUCAAUGUUCAUGUCAUGCCAGACACUCCCGAAAUUAUUCUGGCCCAAAACAAUUCUGCCAAUGUCAGCCAGAAACUGUAUCACAAAGCGUGGGAGGAAUCCAAGCGAAAAGGCUAUGACUUACGAGCUGAUGCUAUUCCAAUCAAGGCUGCGAAAGCCUCCAGAGACAUUGCAAGCAUGUACAAAUACAAAGAAGCCUACCGCAAGCAGCUUGGCCACCAUGUUGGAUGCCGCAACAUUCAGGAUGACCCCAAGAUGGUUUGGUCCAUGCACGUAGCCAAGAUUCAGAGCGACAGAGAGUACAAGAAAGACUUUGAGAAAUCAAAGACCAAGUUCAACAUGCCAGUCGACAUGCUGGACAUCCUGUUGGCCAAAAAAUGCCAGACCUUGGUCAGCGAUAUUGACUACAGACAUUACCUACACAAGUGGACCUGUCUGCCAGACCAGAACGAUGUGAUCCAGGCAAGGAAGGCCUAUGAACUACAGAGCGAUUUGCUGUACAAGUCUGAUAUGGAAUGGAUCCGUGGCUGUGGAUGGAUGCCCAAUGGUUCUCUCGAUAUUAAGAGAACACAGAGAGCCCAGGAGAUCCUCAGUGAGCGCCAUUACCGCCAGCGUCCCGAAUCGUUCAGCUUCACCAGCAUUGUUGACCAUCCCAGCCUAGUCCAAGCUAAAAUCAACUCAAACCUGCUGAGUGAUCGUCUGUACCAUAGUGCUUGGGAGAAUGACAAGAUUAUAAUUCACCUUCCAAAUGAUACGCCUGAGAUGCUGCUGUCUAAACAGAAUUCUGUCAACAUCAGUUCGAAAUUAUAUAAACUCAACUGGGAAGAAUCUAAGAAGGAAGGAUAUGAUCUGAGGAAUGAUGCCAUCCCAAUCAAGGCUGCAAAAGCUUCCCGAGACAUUGCUAGUGAUUACAAAUACAAAGAAGCCUACCGCAAGCAGCUUGGCCACCAUGUUGGAUGUCGUGACGUUCAGGAUGACCCCAAGAUGGUUUGGUCCAUGCACGUAGCCAAGAUUCAGAGCGACAGGGAGUACAAGAAGGACUUUGAGAAAUCAAAGACCAAGUUCAACAUGCCAGUCGAUGUGCUGGACAUCCUGUUGGCCAAGAAAUGCCAGAGCCUGGUCAGUGAAAUUGACUACAGACAGUACCUACACAAGUGGACCUGUCUGCCAGAUCAGAACGAUGUGAUCCAGGCAAGGAAGGCCUAUGAUCUGCAGAGCGAUUUGCUGUACAAGUCUGAUAUGGAAUGGAUCCGUGGCUGUGGAUGGAUGCCCAAUGGUUCUCUCGAUGUUAAGAGAACACAGAGAGCCCAGGAGAUCCUCAGUGAGCGCCAUUACCGCCAGCGUCCCGAAUCGUUCAGCUUCACCAGCAUUGUUGACCUUCCCAGCCUAGUCCAAGCUAAAAUCAACUCAGCGCAACUGAGUAACACAAAAUACAAAGAAGCCUGGGAGAAAGACAAAGUAAUGAUUCACGGCCUUCCUGACACACCAGAGAUUUUGUUAGCUAAAUCCAAUGCUGCUAACGUUAGUCAGAAACUUUACAAGCAGGGCUGGGAAGAUGUAAAGAAGACCAUCAACUAUCGUGCUGACGCUAUUGAUAUCCAGAGUGCUAAAGCUUCCAGGAACAUUGCAAGUGACUAUUUAUAUAAAGCAAUCUAUCGCAAGCAACUUGGCCACCACAUUGGAUGCAAUGACAUUAAUGAUGACCCCAAGAUGCUUUGGUGUAUGCACGUAGGCAAGAUGCAGAGUGACAGGGAAUACAAGAAGGACUUUGAGAAAACAAAGACCAAGUUCAACAUGCCAGUCGACAUGCUGGACAUCCUACUGGCCAAGAAAUGCCAGACCCUGGUCAGUGAAAUUGACUACAGACAACACCUACACAAGUGGACCUGUUUGCCAGACCAGCAUGAUUUGAUCCAGGCAAAGAAGGCCUAUGAACUGCAGAGCGAUAUUAAUUACAAAUCAGAUAUGGAAUGGAUGCGUGGAAUUGGAUGGAUUCCAACAGAAUCCAUAGAUGUUAAGAAAGUAAAGCACGCCCAGGAUAUUAUAAGUGAGAGAAAUUACCGCACAAAAGUGGAAAGUCUCCCGUUUACCCCAGUGACCGACAGAGUUGAUUACGUUACAGCUAAACAGAGUGGGGACAUUCUGAAUGAUAUCAAGUACCGUGAAGCAUGGCAUGCCAGUAAGACAAAGUACACGCUAGCCGAUACGCCAACAAUGGUUAUGGCACGUGAUGCAGCUCGAAACCUUAAUGAAAAAUUGUACAAGGACGGUUGGGAGAAGCUAAAAUCCAAUGUCACUAUGCCAGCCGAUGCAGUAUCAAUCUGUCAUGCCAAGUUGACACAAAACAUACAAAGUGAGCUAAAAUAUAAAGCUGAGCACGUCAGGCAGCGUGGCCAUCACAUUGGAUGCCUUAACGUUCACAAUGACCCCAAAAUGGUUUGGUCUAUGCAUGUAGGCAAGAUGCAGAGCGACAGGGAGUACAAGAAGGAAUUUCAGAGAACUAAGGCCAAGUUCAACAUGCCAGUCGAUAUGCUGGGCAUCUUGUUGGCCAAGAAAUGCCAGACCCUGGUCAGCGACAUUGACUACAGACAUUACAUACGCCACUGGACCUGUCUGCCAGACCAGAGUGAUGUGAUCCAGGCAAAGAAGGCUUAUGAAUUGCAGAGCGAUUACUUGUAUAAGUCCGAUCUUGAAUGGAUACGUGGUUGUGGUUGGAUUCCCCUGGGUUCAGUCGACCAUAAUAAAGUGAAACAUGCACAGGCAAUAUUAAAUGAAAACGCGUAUAAAGAAAAGGCUAUUGCCAACUUUGCCAAGUUUACCUCAAUUACUGACCCGCCAGAGGUGGUGCAGGCUAAGAUAAAUGCAACCAACUUCAGUGAUUUGAAGUACAAAGAGACAUUUAACCUUAACAAGGGCAAGUACAUCGGUGCCGCUGACACACCUCAACUGGCUCAUUCAAGAGAAAUGGCAAAGCAUGUUAGUGAGAAAUUUUAUAAGGACGACUGGGAGAGUAACAAAGCUUUAGGAUACAGCUUGCCUCCAGACUAUCUGCCUCUGGUUGUUGCUAAGCAUGCUGACAAUGUAAGCAGUAAUCUGAAGUACAAGGAGCUGUAUGAAAAGUUCAAGGGACACUACCUGGCAGGAGGAGAUAUCAAGGACUUCCCUGCAGUAAUCCAAGCAAUGGCUAUGGAUAAAAUGAGGAACAUGCUGGAUUACAGGAGGAGUUAUGAAAAUACUAAGUGCGAACUUCACAUCCCCAAAGACAUGAUUAGCAAUGUUGUGGCAAAGAGAUGCCAGCAUAUCCUCAGCGACAUUGAAUACCGCACCUACCUUCAUCAUUGGACCUGCCUGCCUGACAAGCAUGAUGUAAUUCAUGCUAGGAGAGCUCAAGAGAUCUUCAGUGAUUUUGUAUACAAGGAUGACCUGAACUGGCUGAAGGGCAUUGGUUGUUUUGUCUGGGACACUCCAGAAAUACUACGAGCCAAAAAGUCCUAUGAGCUACAGAGUGAAAAUAAAUACAGAACUAGUGGAAAGAAGAAUUUUGAGAACUACACUGUGGUCACAGAUACACCAGUCUAUGUCACAGCUGUCCAGAGUGGCCUUCAUUUAAGUGAUCUUAAAUACAAAGAGAACUAUGAAAAAAUUAAGGACAAAUACACAACUGUUUUGGACACUGUGGAUUACAACAGGAUCAAUGAUCUUAAAACUAUCUAUAGCAGCAAUGCUUACAAACUGGCCUGGGAUAAGGUGAAAGCAACAAGCUAUAGAAUGCCAGGAGAUUCCUUUUCAAUAGAAUUGGCCAAGAAUCAGAAAGACAUUCUUAGCCCAAUAAAGUACCGUGAACAGUAUGAGAAGUUCAAGACUCUCUAUACUGUGCCACGCUCUGUGGAGGAUGACCCGCAUACCUUGCACUGCCUGAAUGUCGGAAAGUUAAACCUUGACCGUCUGUAUAGAGAAAAUUACGAAAAGAACAAAAUGAAGGUGCACAUCAUGCCAGAUAUGUUGGAGGUGGUUGCUGCCAAAAAUAUUCAGGCCAGGGUCAGCGAAAUUGACUAUCGCAAGUACCUCCAUGAGUGGAUAUGCCUGCCAGACCUUCAGGUUAACAUUCAUGCCAAGAAAGUCUGCGAGCAGCUUAGUGAUGUUCUGUACAAAGAUGACCUCAACUGGCUUAGAGGAAUUGGAUGCAAUGUCUGGGACACUCCGGAAAUACUUCAUGCUAAGAAAUCCAAUGACAUUCAAAGUGCCAUUAAAUACAAGUCAAAGGCUGAGGCAGCGAGGAACCAGUUCACACCAGUCUUGGAUACUCCUGUCUACCGGCAGUCUGUCAUCAAUGCUUAUCAGCUGAGCGAUAUUAUGUAUCACAAAAUAUAUGAGUCAAGUAUUAAAGGCACGGUUGCUCCAACCACAAAGACCAUGGAGCUGGAUAGAGCUAGAGAAGCCUAUAAAUUACAGAGUGAGAACCUGUAUCGUGAUACUGGCCGGAGCCUCCUCCCCACCGGAUAUACACUUCCAGCAGACAUCCCAUCCUUGAAACAUGCAAGAAAUGUUGACGACAUCCGCAGCGAUCUGAAGUAUAAAGAAGCCUAUGAACAUAUGAAAGCAAGGGGUUACAAAUUGAUCCCAGAAACCAUCAGCAUCACUGCAGCCAAGAAAGCAGAUAAUAUUUUGAACCAGCGACUGUAUCGACUAGAAUAUGACACCCACAAAGACAAGAUUCACCCCGCCCAUGACACUCCAGAACUUCGUCAAGUCAAAGCUACACAGGAAGCAAUCAGUGAUCUGUCAUAUAAGUCGAACUUCUUCAGGACCAAAGGUCGUAAGAUUUCUCUUCCCAUCACUCCUGAGCUGCUCCAUCACCGUUAUGUUGGCGUUAUCACUAGUGAUAAUAGGUACAAGGAAGAUCUUCAAUGGCUGAAAGGCAUUGGAUGCUUCCUGUAUGAAACUCCUGAAAUGAUCCGAGUGCGUGACUUCCACAAAUUCUGGACUGGCUAUGACAAAGCCGCCAAGAAAGCACUUGACAAGCAUACAUCAGUUGUUGAUACUCCUGAACAUAGACAUGUGACAGAACUGAAAGCUCACUUGAGCAACCUGGUAUACCGGGCUCAUGGGAAUAAAGUGAAGACAAAGUACACAUCAAGGCUUGACACUGUGGAUCUCAACCGAGCCAAACAUGGUCAGAAGAUACAGAGCCAGUACCUGUAUGUCGAGUUAGCUACAAAGGAUAGACCACAUUACAUUCCUCAUGAACAUACUACAACUCUGGAUCAUGCAAAGCACGUCAAACAUUUUGCCAGCGAGAAAAAAUACAAGGAACAGUAUGAGAAGAUGAAGAGUAAAUACACUCCAAUCCCAGACACUCCAAUGCUGUUGGUGUCUAAGAAAGCUUACCUAAUUGCCAGUGAUUUACGGUAUAAGGAAGCCUUUGAACAGGCAAAAGGUCACUAUCGUACAGUGAAGGAUGCCCUGAACAUUACCUACCAUCGCAAAGUCACAGAUGAUAUCAGUAAGGUCAAAUACAAGGAGAAGUACAUCCAACAGUUGGGACAUUGGAGAUCAAUCCCUGAUCCACCUGAGAAUAUCCACCACCGCAUCGUGUCUGAUGCUGUCAGCACUGUUAAAUACAAAGAGGACCUGGAGUGGUUGAGAGGGAUCGGGUGCUAUGUGUGGGACACUCCUGAUUUGAUGCUGGCGGGGCAGAACAAGCAACUCUACAGCCAGUACAAGUAUCGUGAAUCAGUUGCAAAAUUAAGAAACAACUUCAAGUACACCGCAGAUGCUCCACAAAUCAGGCAUGCUAAGGAGGCGACUGCAAUUCUGGAUGAGCAAUCAUAUAAGUCUGAAGCCAAGCUCAAAUUGAGGCGAGGAUGCAAUGAAAUUCUACGUCCUGAUAUGCUGACUGCCAUGUACAACUCAAUGUCAGGGAGCCAGUGGAAUUAUAAGAAGAACUAUGAAAAGUUGAAAGACAAAUACACAUCUAUUUAUGAAACCCCUGAAAACAUCCGAACCAAGAAGGUGACAAAGCUCAUCAGUGAUAUAAAGUAUAAACUGGAUCAUAACCGUGAUAAAUCCAAGGGGUACACUUCUAUCCAUGACACACCAUUGCUGCUGCACAUGCAAGGCAUGAAGGACAAAAUUAGUGAUUUGAAAUACAAAGAGAUUUAUGAACGGAACAAAUCUCAUUGCAACAUUGCUGGUGAUGCCUUUGCGAUCAGGGCUGCCAAGAGUGCCUACAAGAACACGACGAAUCUUGAUUACAAGAAGAAGUAUGAGGCCACCAAAGCCAAAUGGAGGUGGAUUGCAGACAGACCUGACUUCCUGCAGGCGUACAAGGCCUCUCAGCAGCAGAGCGAGGUGGAUUACAAAAUGGACCGAGAAUGUUUGAAAGGCUGCAAGAUCUCAGUGCCUGUCCACGGAGACAAGAACAUGAUACUAGCUGUAGAAAAUACAGACUUGGCCAGUGGGAUAAAAUACAAACUGAAGCACGAGAAAGAAAGAGGCAUCUACCAACCAGUUCCGGACACACCACAGAUGCUGCACGCUAAAUCUGUCUCUACCCUAAUGUCUGAGAAAAAAUACAAAGAAGCUGUUAAGAAGGAGCUCCCGCAGGCUGCUUACAUGAAACUGCCUGAGACCCGUGGGACUUCACAUGUUAAAGAGGUGUCCAAGUUACUCAGCGGGAAACUGUACAAGGAACAGUUUGAGAAAGAUAAAGGCAAGUCCUCAUAUUCCAUUAUGAUGGAACCCCCAGAAGUGAAACACGCCAUGAAUGUGGCCAAGUGUCAGAGUAACGUUGAAUACAAGAAAGACGCUAAAACCAAACUAGCAUACACAACAGUGACAGAUCGGCCAGAUAUCCUUAAGGCUACUGAAGCUACCAAGUUAAUAAGUGAUAUCGGCUACAGAACCAAGGCGCGUGAGGAGGCUAGUCGUGGUAUAAUCAGCCUUGGACGCCCAGACAUUGAACUUGCCAAAGAGGUUUCCAAACUUACAAGCCAGGUGGAAUACACCAAACAGAAACUCAGAGGUCAUGGAGCUGCUUCAUAUGACACUCCUACGAUGAGGCUCGCAAAGAAAGCAAACAUCCUCUCAAGCAACAUUAAGUACAAGGAGAAGUUCGAUAAGGAGUUUAAAGGGAUAAGGCCGAAGUUUGAUUUGAAGGAGAGCUCAGGGUACAAGACAAUGAAGGAUGCGAACAUUCUUGCUAGUGAAGUUAUAUACAAGCAGGACCUGAAGAAGAUGCACAAACCUGUAACAGAUAUGUCUGAAUCCUUACAAAUGCAGCAUAACCUCUCCACUAGCAAGCUGUCAAGUCAAUACCAGUACAAGAAGGAGUUUGAGAAGAGUAAAGGUCACUACCAUCUGGUGUCCGAUUCACCUGAACAAAUUCAUCUAAAAGAAGCAACUGAGUUACAGAGCCAAAUCAAAUACAAGGAGAGGUAUGAGAAAGAAAGAGGCAAGGCGAUGUUGGACUUUGAAACACCCGUUUACCUCACUGCGAAGGAAACCCAACACAUGCAGAGCGAGAAAGAAUAUAAAAAGGAUUUGGAAGAGCACAUUAAAGGCAGGAACCUUUCUGGUUUGGAGAUUACACCUUCGAUGUUGCAUGCCAAAUAUGCAACCAAAAUAGGCUGUGAGAAAGAGUACAGGAAGGAUCUUGAGGAAGGAGUCAAGGGUAAGGGCUUAACGGUGGUUGAGGAGACCCCUGAGAUGAUACGAGCAAGGAAUGCCACAUACAUUCUGAAUGAGAAAGAGUACAAGAGAUCAUUGGAGGAAGAAAUCAAGGGUAAAGGGCUUGUGGCGCUGGCUAAUGAAACACCAGACUUUGCUAGAGCCAAGAACGCCACAGAUAUUUUAAGUCAGGUAAAAUACAAGCAAUUGGCUGAAAUGGAUAAAGCUAACUAUACCACAGUCACAGAUACGCCUGAUAUAAUUCAUGCUCAGAAUGUGAAGAAUCUGAGCAGCCAGAACCAAUACAAGGCAGAAGCCGUGAAGACCAUGUCUCAAUACGUCUCCGUAACAGACACGCCCGAGAUGCACAGAGUCCGUGAGAACCAGAAGAACAUCAGUACACUUCAGUACACUUCAGAGCUUAAACUCAUUAAAGGAAAGGUUACCACAGUAAAAGACACUCCUGAAAUCCUGCGAGCUAAAGAAAACCAAAAGAAUUUCAGCUUGAUCGCAUAUAAAGAAGAGAUUGGUACAGGGACAUCAAUUAAAGAAACACCAGAGAUGGAGAGAGUCAAAAGAACACAGGAGGCCAUUAGUUCGAUCAAAUACAAGGAAAAUGUUGGUCAAGGAACUGCAAUCUGUGACCUGCCUGAGGUGAAGCGUGUAAAGGAGACUCAGAAGAACAUCAGCUCGAUCAAAUACAAGGAAAGUGUUGGACAAGGAACUGCAAUCUCUGACCUGCCUGAGGUGCAGCGUGUAAAGGAGACACAGAAGAACAUCAGCUCGAUCAAAUACAAGGAAAAUGUUGGUCAAGGAACUGCAGUCUCUGACCUGCCUGAGGUGAAGCGUGUAAAGGAGACACAGAAGAACAUCAGCUCGAUCAAAUACAAAGAAAAUGUUGGUCAAGGAACUGCAAUCUCUGACCUGCCUGAAGUGAAGCGUGUGAAGGAGACACAGAAGAACAUCAGUUCGAUCAAAUACAAGGAAAAUGUUGGUCAAGGAACUGCAAUCUCUGACCUGCCUGAGGUGCAGCGUGUGAAGGAGACUCAGAAGAACAUCAGCUCGAUCAAAUACAAGGAAACUGUUGGUCAAGGAACUGCAGUCUCUGACCUGCCUGAGGUGCAGCGUGUGAAGGAGACACAGAAGAACAUCAGCUCGAUCAAAUACAAGGAGAAUGUUGGUCAAGGAACUGCAGUCUCUGACCUGCCUGAGGUGAAGCGUGUGAAGGAGACACAGAAGAACAUCAGCUCGAUCAAAUACAAGGAAAAUGUUGGUCAAGGAACUGCAAUCUGUGACCUGCCUGAGGUGCAGCGUGCAAAGGAGACACAGAAGAACAUCAGCUCGAUCAAGUACAAGGAAGGUAUUGGGAAAGGAACUGCAAUCUCUGACCUGCCUGAGGUGAAGCGUGUAAAAGAGACACAGAAGAACAUCAGCUCGGUCUUAUACAAAGAAAACCUGGGUAAAGGGACCGCAGUGGUGUACACACCAGAGAUGCAGCGCGUUAAACGCAAUCAAGAAAACAUUAGCUCGGUCCUAUACUCUGACAGCUUCCGUAAACAAGUGCAAGGGAGGGCGGCUUAUGUGCUGGACACACCAGAGAUGAGACGUGUACGGGAUUCUCAGCGCAACAUAUCAACGGUGAAAUACCAUGAAGACUUUGAGAAGACCAAGGGAAGCUUCACACCUGUGGUUACCGAUCCCAUCACCGAACGUGUAAAGAAGAACAUGCAAGACUUCAGUGACAUCAGUUACCGUGGCAUCCAAAGGCGGGUCGUGGAAAUGCAGAGACGCCGGGUGGAAAAUGAAGGAGAGAGCCUCACAGAUCUGCGAGUGUGGCGCACCAACCCUGGCUCAGUCUUUGACUAUGAUCCAGCUGAAGACAACAUUCAGUCCAGGAGUUUGCACAUGUUAAGCAUUCAAGCGCAGCGUCGCAGCCGGGAGCACUCGCGCUCCGCUAGCGCCCUGAGCCUGAGUGGCGGAGAUGAGAAAUCGGAACUUUCUGAACCUGAUCAUACCAUUAGUUACUACAACGGAAACAACUUCUUCCAGACGGCAACAACCAGCUACCAACAAACCAAAACCACUGUCCUGCCACAGCAGAGAUCAUCCUCUGUUGCCACACAGCAGACUAACGUGUCAUCUGUUCCCUCUCACCCAUCAACAACUGGUAAAACAUACCGUGCCAUAUACGAUUAUUCAGCAGCUGAUGCAGAUGAAGUCUCUUUCAAAGAUGGUGACUUCCUUAUGAACGUUCAGUCCAUUGAUGAAGGAUGGAUGUAUGGUACUGUACAAAGGACUGGGUUGACAGGCAUGCUGCCUGCUAACUAUGUGGAUGCCAUCUAAGCUAGGUCAAUUUUCCUUACAGGCACUUCCCACCCUCCCUACUCCAAAACAAAAAUGCAAGUCACAAGUAACCCAUAAUCUAUCGUUUGAUUUUCCUCAAAUGGGAUUCAAUUUCUUAGGGGGAUAAAAGGAUAAGCACAAUAAUCUUCCAUUUCCUUCCCAUUGUACAUCCAAACCUAUUAUUAGCCCAAGUUACAGAACUUAUGACAAAUCUUAGACACAUGCAAAACAAAAAGUGCUGCCUAAUCGUUACAUGCAUUUCUGCUAUAAUGAAACCAUUUAAUAAUUAGGCUGUUCAGUGUAUUUUAACCAACUUUUAACUCUUUGGAACUGUUAAGUUGUAUUCAGAAAUGUGCUCCAUAACGUUAUACCCAAAGCAAACUGGAUGGUCUCAUUUGAAGUAGGAAAAAUGUUGAAUAGCAUAACUUGGUCAUGACUAAAAGUGGUUGCAGCAGUACAACUUAUGAUUUCUGUAUCCUGACAAAUGUGUAGUUAGUUUGCGAAUUCCUUAACAGAGCUUUAAAAACAUGUUGCCACUGACAUAUUUAGUUUCCAUAAUUUGAGACCCUUUUGAAAGAGGUGGUUAAAGGAACACGUUAAGAGCCUCCCUACUUCACUUGCUCAAGGUGGACUUGUACAUGUAUUGUCUGUUUUCUCAACACCUGAUUACUAGCUGUGGCGUCAAAUAAAGCUCAGUUUCUGCAAAA